CGGCCGGCGCGGGGUCUGCGGGCGCCCGGCGGGCGUGGGGAGGCAGGAGCGGGCGCCGGGAUGGUGCACCUGUACAACCUGCACCCGUUCGGGUCGCAGCAGGUGGUGCCCUGCAAGCACGAGCCCGAGCAGUUCUGCGGCGGGGGGCGCGACGCGCUGUUCGUGGCGGCGGGCUGCAAGGUGGAGGCGUUCGCCGUGUCGGGCCAGGAGCUGUGCCAGCCGAGGUGCGCCUUCUCCACGCUGGGCCGGGUGCUGCGCUUGGCCUACAGCGAGGCAGGAGACUAUUUGGUGGCAAUUGAAGAGAAAAACAAAGCCACGUUUCUUCGUGCUUACGUGAACUGGAGAAGCAAAAGGACUGAAAGCUCUCGUGUGUGUAUCCGAAUGAUUGGGCAUAAUGUGGAGACUCCCUUCAGGGAAACCUUCAGAGACCAGAUGUCCAUUGUCGAAAUACCCCUUUCUGAAGCCCCCUUUUGCAUUUCCUGUUGCCCGGUGAAAGGAGACCUUCUUGUUGGCUGCACAAAUAAGCUAAUCUUAUUUAGUUUGACGUAUCAGAUCAUUGACGAGGAGUUCUCAAUAUUGGACUUUGAACGUUCAUUAAUUAUACACACAGAUAAUAUCACUCCAGUAGAAAUUUCUUUUUGCGCUGGAUAUGUCGCUGCUAUGUCAGAUUUAGAAGUCUUAAUCCUAAAACUGGAAUCAGAACCUAAAAAUGGAGCGAGUGUGAACCACCGUCCACAAAAGACCAACAGUCCAAUGAAACAGGCAGAAGAAGGCAUCAGUAAUGAAACUUUCCAGCUUGAGGCAGAUGGUUUUGUUGUGUGCCCAAACCCCAUGGAACUUCUUGGCGAGAAAAGCAAACAGUCUGGAGUAUCUGUUACAUUGGAGUCAACAGGAUUAGCUGAUGAAAAAAUAAAAUAUUUCCACGUUCAGCACCUGCUCUACAGGCGCUUUACUUCUGAUAUUUCGUCUUAUGUGUUGCCUGAUGACGUCAAGUUGCAUUCACUUCAGCUGCUACCCAUUUACCAAACAGGUUCUCUUCCUUCGAAUGGAAAAAACUCAUCUCAGGGAAAGGAGUUGCUGAGUCUCUUUUGUUUUUUCUCGUUACCUCACGCGGGCUAUCUCUACAUGGUUGUCAAAUCUGUUGAAUUAAUGUCCAUCUACCAAUAUCCCGAGAAGUCUCAGCAGGCCGUUCUCACGCCGCAGUUCCUGCACGUCAUCACAAGUAACAACCUGCAGUGUUUCACCGUGCGGUGCAGUGCAGCGGCAGCUCGGGAGGAAGACCCGUACAUGGACACCACCCUGAAGGCCUGCCCACCUGUCAGCAUGGAUGUCUGUGCUCUGAGAAUACAGCUUUUCAUAGGCUUGAAAGCCAUCUGUCACUUCAAAAACCACAUCAUACUUUUGAGCAAAGCAGACCCUCAGGCCAUCCCAGAAAGAAGAGAGUCACCGAAGAGGCUUCUUUCUAGGAAAGACACCAGUGUUAAGCACAGAACACCUCCUGUGGCUGAGGCUGGGUGGAAUUUAUAUAUUGUGAAUACGACACCACCAAUGCAGCUCUACAAAGAAAUGGUAGAUUAUAGUAAUACCUACAAGACUGCGACAACCCAGAGCUGCAUCCACCUUCUCAGCGAGGCUCAUCUGUUAGUGAGAGCUGCCCUGAUGGAUGCUCACCAGCUGGAGCCUGGAGAGAAGACAGAGCUUUUAGAGGCAUUUAAGGAAAGCUGUGGGCACCUUGGAGACUGUUACAGCAGGCUUGACACCCAGCAUUCCCACCUGGCCUUGCCGUACUAUAAGAUGUCUGGCCUGUCUAUGGCUGAAGUUUUGGCCCGAGUGGAUUGGACAGCAGAGGAUGGAUCGCAGAGAUACGCGAGGGGAUUAAUCUUUUAUAUUAACCAUUCACUUCAUGAAAACCUGGAGGAAGAAUUAAGUGAAGAAUUAGCAGCAAAAGUGGUUCAGAUGUUCCACAUGGCUGAGCCGAAACAACUGCCCCACAUUCUCUGUAGUCCUUCUAUGAAGAAUAUUAACCCUUUAACCGCCAUGAGCUAUCUGAGGAAGCUGGAUACUUCUGGGUUUUCCUCAAUAUUAUUGACUUUGGCCAAAGCAGCAAUGGCUCUGAAGAUAGGAGAUCUUGAGAUGCACAGAAAUGAAAUGAAAAGCCAUUCAGAGAUGAAGUUGAUAUGUGGCUUCAUCCUGGAACCUCGGCUUCUGAUUCAACAGCAGAAGGGACAGAUUUUUCCAACCGAGCUUGCAGUUCACUUGAAGGAGACCCAGCCCGGAUUGCUCGUGUCUUCAGUCCUGGGCUUACAGAAGAACAACAAAAUUGGAAUUGAAGAAGCAGAUUCCUUCUUUAAGGCACUUUGUGGCAAGGAUGAAGAUACGAUUCCUCAGCUCCUGGUGGACUUUUGGGAAGCUCAGCUUGUCGCGUGUGUCCCAGAUGUGGUACUUCAGGAACUGUUUUUCAAGCUGACAUCACACUACAUCUGGAGGUUGUCUAAGAGGCAGCCUCCUGACUCCACACCACUGCGAACAUCAGAGGAUCUGAUAAACACCUGCGGUCAUUAUGGCUUAAUCUAUCCAUGGGUUAACGUCUUAAUAUCAUACGAUUCCUCAGCUGAUAAAAAUUAUACAGAAGACCUUUCAAAAUUACAGUCUCUUAUAUGUGGCCCUUCAUUUGACAUAGCUUCCGUUAUUCCGUUCCUGGAGCUGCUCUCUGAAGACACUGUUGCAGGCCUCAGUGUCCAUGUUCUGUGUCGUACACGCUUGAAAGAGUAUGAACAGUGCAUAGACACACUGUUAGAGCGAUGCCCAGAGGCCGUCAUUCCGUAUGCCAAUCAUGAACUGAAAGAAGAGAACCGGACUCUGUGGUGGAAAAAACUGCUGCCUGAACUUUGUCAGAGAACAAAAUGUGGUGGAGAGAAAUAUCAGCUCUACUUGUCAUCAUUAAAAGAAACAUUGUCUGUUGUGGCUGUGGAACUAGAGCUGAGGGAUUUCUUGAACGUCCUCCCAGAAGACGGCACUGCAGCUUUUUUUUUGCCAUACCUUCUCUACUGCUGUCGAAAGAAGUCAUUGACUUGAAGGAAGCAUUUAUUGUUUGAUAAAUGCCACAGUGGUGUAUAAGACUGAAUUUUAAACUAUUGAGCUCCAGGUAAAAAUACAAGUAAAAGAUUUGCAUACUGAAUGUAUAUUAUAUAUAUAGUAAGUGCGUUCAGGCUGCUUACCUUACCACGUAGUGGUACUAUUAAUUUCUCAUCUGUAACCUGGAUCUUUUUAAUUACCCAGAAUGUAGAAAAACUUCAAGACAUAAUUCCUCUAACAAGCCAUAGUUUUUUAAAGGAGGAGACUGAUUUUUAUUCCAAGGGGCGACAUCAGCUCACUGUCAUUGAAGACAUGACAAUCUUUUUGAUGCCAGAAACACUUAAAGGAAAUAUUUUCCAAGUACGCUUGAAAGAAGGUCACUCCCAGCGGUCCAGAAUUUUAUGUUUUUGAUGUUUCCAGAUUUCUCUAUUGGGUAACUCCCCCUUCCCUUUUUUUUUUUUUUUUAAUUCUCUUUAAGAAAGAUGUUAAAGGAUUUCAAACAUUAUUUUCUUGUUACUUUCAAAACUCAUGAUGUGUCUCUCUCUGAAUCAAAUGAAGCAGGAGUUCAGAAGAGUUGGAACUAACUUCGUUCUUGUCUGGCUAUUAACAUGAUUUAUGGAAUGCAUGUUUUCAGCCAAAGCCUUUUUCUGUUUUUUGUUGAUGCCUACCCUUGCCCUACUUCUCUCUAGAGUGUAUGGGAAAAUAAAGAAAUACAUUAUUGUAUUCCCAA